UCCCCACUCUUUCCCUCUCUCUCCCCGUCUUUACAUGUGCACCGGACACACAGCUCUCUCCGGAGCGGACACUGCAGGGGAAGAAACGAACGAACCCAUCAUGGAAUAGGAAUACUGCUGGACAACACGGGGGAAAAACUCUCAUCUUUUCUUCUUUAUUCCCCUUUUUUUCUGACGCCUUUUUUUCUCUCUCUCUCUCUUUCGCAUCCCCCCCCCCCCCCUCUUUCUUUCUCUCGAUGUCUCUCAACAGUUUCUGAAGGGAUUGAAGGAAAGAAAAAAAUGAGGAUUAUUAUUUUUUCUUGGCACUUUCUCGGGGUGUAUUCCGCCCUUUGGGGGCUGGCGACGGGGGCUUUCCCCAGCUCAGUGCAGAUAGGCGGGUUGUUCAUUAGGAAUACUGAUCAGGAGUAUACAGCGUUCCGACUAGCUAUCUUCCUUCACAACACCAGCCCUAAUGCUACGGAAGCUCCCUUUAACCUGGUCCCACAUGUCGACAACAUAGAGACCGCCAACAGCUUUGCCGUCACCAACGCAUUCUGUUCUCAGUAUUCAAGGGGCGUCUUUGCCAUCUUCGGCCUUUACGACAAGCGCUCAGUGAACACGCUGACGUCGUUCUGUGGGGCCCUGCACAUCAGCCUUGUGACACCCAGUUUCCCCACUGAAGGAGAGGGCCAGUUCACCCUGCAGCUCCGGCCGUCCAUCAGAGGGGCUUUGCUUUCACUGCUGGACCACUAUGACUGGAGCCGAUUUGUCUUCCUCUACGACACAGACAGAGGUUAUGCAAUACUGCAGGCAAUUAUGGAGAGAGCGGGGCAGAACGGAUGGCAGGUGAGUGCAAUCUGUGUGGAGAGUUUCAAUGAGGCAGCGUAUCGCCGACUCCUAGAGGACCUGGAUCGACGUCAAGAGAGGAAGUAUGUCAUUGACCUGGAGCCUGAGCGACUACAGAACAUCCUAGAACAGGCCGUCAGUGUGGGGAAACAUGUAAAAGGUUACCAUUACAUCAUAGCCAACCUGGGUUUUAAGGAUAUAUCUCUGGAGAGGUUCAUGCACGGCGGGGCAAACGUGACUGGUUUCCAGCUGGUGGACUUCAGCAAGCCUAUAGUCAUUAAACUGAUGCAGCGCUGGAACAAACUGGAUCAGAGAGAGUACCCUGGAUCUGAUAGCCCACCUAAGUAUACCUCUUCUCUAACAUACGAUGGCGUCCUUGUGAUGGCCGAGGCCUUCCGCACCCUUCGCCGUCAGAAAAUUGAUAUCAGUCGCCGUGGCAACGCUGGCGACUGCCUCGCCAAUCCAGCUGCUCCCUGGAACCAAGGAAUAGAUAUGGAGCGUGCACUCAAACAGGUGCGCAUUCAAGGCCUGACUGGGAACAUUCAGUUUGAUCACUAUGGUCGGAGGGUCAACUACACCAUGGACGUGUUUGAACUGAAGAGCAACGGACCACGCAAGAUCGGCUACUGGAACGACAUAGACAAACUUGUGUUGGUCCAGAAUGAAAAUGCCCUGUCUAAUGACAGCUCAGCGAUGGAGAACCGGACUGUAGUCGUGACCACCAUCAUGGAGGGUCCCUACGUGAUGCUAAAGAAGAAUUGGGAGCUCUAUGAAGGCAACGACCAAUACGAGGGAUACUGUGUGGACUUGGCUUCAGAGAUUGCCAAACACAUCGGAAUCAAAUACAAGAUCUCCAUCGUACCGGAUGGGAAAUAUGGAGCCAGAGAUCCAGAGACGAAGAUAUGGAACGGCAUGGUCGGAGAGCUCGUGUAUGGGAAAGCAGAAAUCGCCGUGGCCCCGCUGACCAUCACUCUGGUGAGAGAAGAAGUGAUCGACUUCUCGAAGCCCUUCAUGUCUCUGGGUAUCUCCAUCAUGAUCAAGAAGCCCCAGAAGUCUAAACCAGGCGUUUUCUCUUUCCUGGACCCACUGGCCUACGAGAUCUGGAUGUGCAUAGUGUUCGCUUACAUUGGAGUCAGCGUCGUGCUGUUUUUGGUGAGUCGCUUCAGUCCGUACGAGUGGCAUGCAGAGGAGCCAGAGGAGGGUGCCCCGGAGCAGGGCCCCACUGACCAACCGCCCAACGAGUUUGGUAUCUUCAACUCCCUCUGGUUCUCACUGGGAGCUUUCAUGCAACAGGGCUGCGACAUCUCACCACGGUCUCUGUCUGGACGUAUUGUUGGAGGUGUGUGGUGGUUCUUCACCCUCAUCAUCAUCUCCUCUUACACAGCCAACCUGGCUGCCUUCCUCACUGUGGAGAGGAUGGUCUCACCCAUAGAGAGUGCAGAGGACUUGGCCAAACAGACAGAGAUUGCCUACGGGACAUUGGACUCAGGCUCUACUAAGGAGUUCUUCAGGAGGUCCAAAAUAGCCGUGUACGAGAAGAUGUGGUCCUACAUGAAAUCUGCCGAGCCGACUGUCUUCACCAAAACCACAGCGGAGGGCGUGGCGAGGGUCCGCAAGUCCAAGGGGAAGUACGCCUUCCUCCUGGAGUCCACCAUGAAUGAAUACACGGAGCAGCGCAAGCCUUGUGACACCAUGAAAGUUGGGGGGAACCUGGACUCCAAAGGAUAUGGCAUUGCUACACCGAAAGGCUCACAGUUAAGAAACGCGGUCAACCUGGCCGUGCUAAAGCUCAACGAGCAGGGCCUGUUGGACAAAUUGAAAAACAAGUGGUGGUAUGACAAAGGAGAAUGUGGCAGCGGGGGAGGGGAUUCCAAGGACAAGUCGUCCCAGGCUCUGAGCCUGUCCAACGUGGCUGGGGUCUUCUACAUCCUUGUGGGCGGCCUGGGCCUGGCCAUGCUCGUGGCCCUGGUCGAGUUCUGCUACAAGUCCCGGGCCGAAGCCAAGCGCAUGAAGCUGUCGUUUUCUGAAGCCAUGCGAAACAAGGCCCGUCUGUCCAUCACAGGAAGUGUGGGGGAGAAUGGCCGCGUCUUGACGCCAGACUGCCCCAAAGCCGUGCAUGCUGGCCACGCCUCCCUCCGACACCCCGGCCUUGCAGUGGUCUCCUCUGGACUGCCCUGAAAACCAAAAACACCUGCCGUGCCUUAAUGACACAAUAUACAGACUUCGGAAAGGACACACACACACACACACACACACGUGCAUACAUACAGUUACACAUACCAUAUCACACAUAACACACACACACACUCAUAAAGUUACAGAAACUCAAAUACAAUACUCAGACACAGAGACACAGAACACACAUUUUUACACACUUGAAUACACAAACACACACUUCGCAUCAUCAUCUCACUUUCUUGUUGCCAUUGACUUAUUUUACAAGAGACAAGUGAAAUACAACUGUGGAGUGAACAGCGGAGAAAAAAAAACAAAAACAAAGGACAACUAUGACUAUCACACUUGCCUGCAGCAUUUUUUUUUUAUUAUUUUUUUUUUUUUUUUGGGAAGAUACCAUCCUGAUAUCUACAAGCCGACAGGAAAGCCAGCACAGACUUACAUGAAAUGAAAUAUGAGCUGUGAACAUGACCACAAAACUGAUCAUGAUGAUGAUUGUGAUAAAGAUGAUGAUCACAGCUGCCGGUAAAAAAAAAAAAAAGAAAAAAAGAAAAGAAAAGACAACCAAACAACUCUGUUCCUGCUCUGUCUUCAUUGGACAAUGUUGGCCAAAAAGCCACACCCCUUGACAACGCCUUACUAAGACUACAUUGUUUUCAUCACCAUCAUCAUCAUGGUCAUCAUCAUCUUAUCUUGCCUGCAAAGACUGAGUGCCAGGUGUUAUCACCCUUAGAAGACCAGAAAACUGUAAGCUUGAACGUUCGGACUGUGCAAACCCACUUCUUUGCCAUGGACUGUUCAAACUGAAUGAAAAUGCUUUCUUACUACGCAUAUAGAAUGAUUUCUCGCCCCAAACCAGCGAGAUAAUCAGCCGAUAUAGAACAGAAGUAACCUCGAAACACAUUUGUGUGGCUGAUCUCGGCCACAGAAUUCACAGGGGUUUGUAAAAGAAAAAAAUAAACAGUAGUAAUUAAUGAAGUUCGUCAUCAACAGCAUCAUCGUGACAGUAGAAAUGCUAAAUAGUGAAGAUUACUUUUUUGCCAAGUGGCAAAGGCGAGGUUUAAGCUGUAUAUUCAAUGGUGGAAAGAAAAAAAUAAAACACAUGGGCAGAUCUAAAAUGGCUACCUAACAAAGUGCUUCUCAGCAGGAGCACUGGGCCCUUACAGAAGUUUGAAUGAUGGAGGAAAUGGGAACAAAUAUGGUGUUUAUAACAAGUAGGAAUAAAACCCUUUCAACUGUGGAAAGAAAUUCAGCCUCCAUGUCCCCUUGAAAAAUUGAUCCAAAUAGCCACACAAUGGAAAAAGCGAAUCAAAGUAAAUUUUUCUUUGCACUAUUUCCCACAGUGGAGCUUCCCGACUGGUAAACAAUUUGUUUCAAGGUCCGUGAUAACACUGAAAAUUACUGGUCUAUUCUGUGUGCACCUCAUUUGACUUAAAUUAUAUAGACCUACAGGUAAAAUUUUCAAUUUCUCAGAAAGUAUAGACUCUAAUGGGCAGUUUGGUUGUCAUUUGAGAUCCUCAGUCUUCUCCAGUGGCCGGGGAAAGGUACUAUAUCAGAAAGCUUGCUUUUUAAAACUGUUGUAAAUAACUGCGUAGCAAAACAGAACUCACCUGUCUUUUUUAAUCAUCUUAGAUAACAAUUCAUUGCAAUAAUGAAUAUAAAAGAAAAUGCCACUACUUGUAAUUAAGAUAAAAUCUUUUUUUAUAAAUCUACAUAUUAUAUAUAAUACAAAUAAAUAUAUAUCUAUAGAGAGCUAUAGAGAACAUUGAUCACUGAUUGUCAGAGGCCAUGGCAUACAUUCUGUUAUAUGGCUGUUUUUUGAUAACUUGAGAAUAUUAAUAUGCCACAGUCUUUGUGUGUCCUACUCAACACUGAAUGUCCAUCUGGUACUUGCACGGACACACAUGUAGAAAUGCACGCACACACAUUGCUGCAUACACAGGGUCAGCUCUGAGUGAUCACUCCAGCACCAUGAGAGGUUCGGAUAAUUUUGUUUUUGCCUGUCUGUCUGUUUCACCAUUUGUUAUUCACUGCUUUUCAUUGUCUACCAGUGUUAUUACCCCACAGUCUCUCCGUUGGUGGGCUGCAAAGCCCCCUGAAAAAGCGUGUAGAUGCCAGUAUUCAAACACUGAAGCCGAUACAAUGAGAGCAGAUUUUGACAGGCCUCAAGAGAAGAUGGGCCACUGUGAUUACUGUACCGUAGGGAAACAAUGCUGUCUGACAUUUCAAGAGUGUAGCAUUUGUGUUGCAUUUCAUACCACCUCAGUGCUUUUUGUUGUUUGUCUUCUCACCAAAUGUGAGUCAGCAACAGAUUGAAAAUCCAGAGUUCAGACUGAAGGGGUUUGUACUUUUUGAGGACAUGAUUGAAUCCAUCGCGCUAGGCGAGAGCAAGCAAACCUACACAAUAUUAAAAAUCUGUUAUAUACUAUAUGGCAGACUUUUUGGGCACAUCUGUUUACUGCCAGAUGGGGAUAAGAGAAUAUACAUAAUACUUGCAUAGGGACUGUGUCAUUAUACAGUAUGUGGGACUGAAAUAUUGUGUUUUCUGCCCUGCUCACCUCUGCUUUUCUUCCUUGUACACCUUUUUAAAUAUUCAGCUGUUUUUCCUGUGCCCUUCCUCACCUCUCAAAUCUUCCCUCUCUUGUUUUGUCUUUCCCUCUGCCUCUGCUUUCAUGUCCCCUCCUCUCCCACUGACAGACAGAAAACUCUGUACAAAGUGCAUCUCAGCAAUGGCAAAUGACUACAUUUUCUGCCCUGAUACACAGCAAAAUAAUGGGCUGAGAUGAAUCAAGAAUCCGAGACACCAGUUGACAAUCUGAGUUUCUUCUGGCGCCUUGUUCAGAACUUUGCAUAAUUUUUGCAUUGUGACCUUUUAACAUUUCACAAAAAAAAAUCAUUCUCUCGAAAAACACCCACUUCUCUGUUAAAUUCACACACAUACUUCAUCAUGCAUCUGAUGUAUUCAAGUCAGACUCAACAGACAGAAGCAUAAAUGGAAAAUAAUAUCAUAAAACAAUGAGAAUCUCAAAUAGAAUAUUAAAACAACUUUCUUAAUGUCUGACACAAACAAGGGGAUCAGUGCAGCAGUACUGCAGCAGUACUGCAGCAAUCCAGCAUGUAGGAAAUAGUGGGUUUCUAUAAUGGAUACAUUUGUGAAAGACAGUUAACACUGAUCUAGCUCUCACCAGACCAGAUACACCAGGCAAUUAAACUGUACAUGACACUGUUGUGUUUAUUUCGUUGCCACCUCCAGCACAUAAGAUUUUGUGCGUAGACAGCAAAAAGCUGGCUGCUGGCUUUAACACUCUGUUUCUUUCUUCCUUUAUUCCUUUCUUUCCAUUUGGUUUCUUUUUCUAGUAAAACAUCAAUGCUGAA